UGAUUUUAUGAGGCGGUGUCCGAGGGCUGUUGAUAUGAGAGGAAGCUGUGAAGACGCGUCGCUAUAGAAACAAGUGCAGGAAGUAGCUGCGGGCGAUUUCUGUAAUGUCCCGCUCAGUAAUCCAGCCCCUGAGUGCAGGGGCCACUGCCCCAGAGGCGUUGUCCCUGCUACACCAGCGCCUCUUGGUGGCAGAGGAGCAGGCAGAGGCUCUAAUCAGAGAUAUGGGCAGUCUGGGAGUGUCUAGAGAGCAGCUCCUGGAGCCCGUGGAGAGGGACACCAUCCAGCGUCCCAUUAGCCCCCUGAAGAUGCACCGUGCCCUAAGAGAGCCCGGAGGAGAAGGGCUACUGUGGCGCCAGUGUGAUGGGCUAGUGAGCAGGGUAUGUCGCAUGGAAAGCCUCCUGCAGACCCUCAAGCUCACCACCUUUCGCUUGGAGACUGAGAGAGACCUGGAUCCCUCACACUCAGCCCGUCUGAAGGAGCAGCUGUCUGCGCUGCAGCAGGAGAGUGAUGAGGAGCAGCGGGUCUCCAGAAGGGAAGUGAUGCGGCUGAGGGACCUGCUCCGCCAGGCCUGCCUGGACCGGGACGAGUCCCGAGAGGAGGUGCAGAGACUGGGGGAGGCCCUGGAGGUCGCCACCACCUCAAAGAUGGAUGUGGCUCUGGCUGCAGAGGAGCUGAAGGUGGUCAAAGUCCAAAUGAGUGAGAAGCUGCUGCAGCUGAAGGAUCAGAUGUCCCAGGAGUCUGCUCGGUCUUUUGAGAACGAGAAAUCCCACAGUGCACUACUUCAGAGGGUGGAGGAGAUGGAGAUAGUGGUGGAGAUGGAGAGAAGACAGGCCCAGAUAGUGCAGGCAGACUGCCAUGCCCUGCGUUCUGAUGGACAGGCCACCAGACAGAGACUACAAGAGGAGAAGGACAGAGGCCACAGGCUGCAGGAGCAGUGUGAGCAGCUCAAAGGGCAGGCAGAGGUGAAAGAUUCCCUUGUUUUGGAGUUGACAGGUGAACUAAAAAGUGCACGGCUAGCCCUGCAGAGGCAGCAGCAAGAGAACAGCAGGUUACUGAGAGAUGGAGGAGAUCUGAGGACUGCAGCUGACAAAGUCCAAGCGUUUAACAACCAGUUGGAUAGUCAGUGCUCUGAGUUGAGUUCUGCCCUACGUUCUCUUACUGUGGAGAAAUCCAAGCUACAGACUGAACACCAGGCUACCAUUAAGGCAGAGAGGAGUCGUGUGGCCAAGCAGCUGCAGGAGCAAGACCUCCUGCUGGAUGCAGCCAGACGCAACAUCCAGGCAGAACUGCAGGGGGCGCUAUCAGCUAAAGUUAAAUUGCAGAUGGAACUGGAGACUCUGAAGGUUGACCAUGCCCAACUUCUGCAGAGUUCCACGGUUGCCCAAGAGACAGUUGUCACUCAGCGGGAGCUGUUGGAGUGUACCAUUGAGAGGCUGCGGGGGGAUCUGAACUCUGCUGUAAAGGAAAGGGAGGUUGUGAGGACAGACAGGGACAGUGCAAAGACUGAGAUGUGCAUUGUGGUCACCAAGCUAGAGGGUGAGAGGAGUGCUUUGGAAACACAACUCACUAAAGUCAAGCUGGAGGCAGGCACUCUGAGCUCCACCUUGCAGAAGCAGGAGGAAGAGAACAGGAGGCUCAUGGGAAAGCUGGCUGCCAUGGAGCAUCAGCAGAAUGCUCAGCAGCAGGUGGAACAGAUGCUGAAGGAGUUGACGGACAGUAAGAACAACCUGGCCUAUGAGAAAGGGAAGCUACAGACCAGGGUAGAUCAACUUCAGGAGGAGCUGCAAGCUUUAAGGGACAACCAUGUAGAAAGUGUCCAACAAUGCAAGCUGAGCUCUGUGUUUGUGAACAAGUACACACAGGUCAGCUCUGAAAUUAGCACCCCGAAGACAACCUGUCUUAAACUGGAGGCUCAGCUCAGACAGGCCCAGGCUGCAGUCCAGGUGAAGGAGUGGGAGGUGGCGUCGGCGGUGGCAGCCAGAGACGAGGCUCUGAGGGACAGCCAGGCCCUGAGGGGACAACUGGACAAACUGCAGGAGCAGCACAGGGACAAGCUGUGUGAGCUGGAGGGCUGGCUGGGUGUGUCUCGUCAGGGUGGGGGCAGUGUGGCUCAGACCCUGGAGAACGUUUUGGCCUCCCACUCCCGUCUGCAACACAACACUGAGACGGUACAGAAGGAGCUGGGGAGACGAGAGCAGGAGCUGGCCUUACUCAGGAGAGACAGACUGCAGGGUCAGAGAGAGAUUCAGAGGCUACAGGCAGAGGUGGAGAAGCUCCAAGAUAUCAUGGCAACAACUAAUGCCAAGAAAAACAAAAUGCUGGAGCCCUUGCGUAAGGCCCUGGAUGUGGCAAGGCAGGACAACAAGAAACUAGCCCAAAGUUUAGAGCAGGCUGUGUUGGCCAACAGCACUCUGCAGUCCAACCUGGACCGAGCCAGAGACCAACACCAGAGCACCAACACACAGAGAGAGGCGGAGCUGGCUGAGGCCAGGGCAGAGAUUGGUCGAUGGUCAGAGCAUCUGGAAUCUAUGAAGCUUCAGAUGAGGAAAGAGAGGGACUCAUUGAAGAGGUUGUCACAGAGAGAAAUCUCAGAGUUGAGAAAGGCUCUUGAGGACUUGUCAUCUAGGUCAGGUGACCUCUCCAGGGCCAAUCGGGAGCUGCGGGAGAAGACGACUGAGUUGGAGAAAGUGGUGUCCAAUCAGAAAGCCCGUCUCCGAGAUCAGAAGACGCAGCUCAAGCAACACCUGGAUAAUAGAGCCACUCUGGGCAACUCUCAGAAAAUAAAAGACAUGGAGGGAGAACUAAAGAGCCUCAAGACCUUGAAGGAUCAGUAUCAGAAGAAGAACUAUGAGCAGAGUGAGUUGAUCCAGCAGUUCCGGUCCGAGACCUUAUCCCUCCAGCGGGAGCUACGGCGCCUGUCCUCCAGCCAGGAGGGAGAGCUAGAGGCUGAGAGGGAACUGAGACACGUCAUGCAAGACAAGUGUCAGCAGAGGCUGGAGGAGAGCAUCAAAAAGCUGCAGGAGGCCAAAGACGAGACAGAGCAGAAAAUGAAAGAGGUCAGCCUGGAGUCACAGCAGAUAUCAGAGAACCUAGAGGAAGCUCACAGUUGGUUCCGGUCCAAGUUUGACAGCCUGAAGAGUGAUGGAGAGCCAAACAGGUCUAUGGGGGAUGAGGAACCACAAGAGAAUGGACACCAUACCCCGGGGAGCAGUAAAGGGGGUGCACACAGUUCAUCAUGCAAACGCAACAGAAAGACUCGGUGUGAUAGCAGGCUUCCAGAACCUCCAGAGUGGGAGAGAUGGAGAGCCACCAUGCAACGCUGGGAGACCAAGAGAGAGCUGGCUCGCAUUGCAAGUGGAUACAAACCUGGUGGGACACAUGUGUUAACACACGGACACACACAACAAGACACGCAUACUGUAUAGUGCAUACACACACAACAAGACACGCAUACUGUAUAGUGCAUACACACACAACAAGACACGCAUACUGUAUAGUG